AUGAGAGCAACUGACACUUUUUUUCUCGCUAGCUUUUUUAUCUUCUGUGUAGAACUAACUUGCUUCACUGGAGGUGUCCCACAUCCAGCCAAAGUAAAACCUGGUAUCUGUCCAUACACUGAUGCCAUCUGUCAUGGAGGACCUAUUGGAAAUCGAUGCAAGCAAGAUGACCAGUGUCCGGGUGCAAGAAAAUGCUGUCCUGGCUCUUGUGGGCAAGCCUGCUUGUUACCAGAGAACGUGAAACCAGGAGUCUGUCCAGUGCAAUACACAGUUUGCCGAGCAGCCUUUGAUGUAUGCGAGAAGGAUGAUGAAUGUCCAGGAAUAAAAAGAUGCUGUGAGGGUAAUUGUGGGACAGUGUGUCGCACACCAGAAAAAGAAAAACCAAAUAAAUGCCCAAAAGAUAUUAUAAAAUGUCCAACUAAAGGACCAUAUGAAUGUAAUAAUGACUCUGAGUGCAAAAAGAAGAAAAAAUGCUGCUUCUUAAAGUGUGCCUUGCGCUGUGUGGAACCAUAUUAA